UUGUUAGCCACAAAUUUGUUCCUCUCUCCAAGGGUGUGCUCUCCUACUUGGCCUAUGGAUCCCACGGCCGAUGGCGCUAAAGCCUAUGCAGGGCACAGUACAUUGCUAUCCUUGAGCAGAGCACAAAAAAUAUAAUAAUGAACUCCGUUGUUCUGCAACUUUGAAUUGAAUAUUAAAUAUUAAAAAAUAGAAAAUCUGGAUCAGCUAACUGGAAUUCAAUCUUUUUAAAAAGUAAAAACCCAUCAAACUGCUAAGUGGUAACAGGUCGCCAUGUCAGCCGAGAUUGAAUCAAUGUCAAAAUCCGUCCAAGAAUCGGCCAUCGACGGCGAAGAAUCGCUGGAAAAGUACAUCCAAAAAGGAACUGAGAGUGGAAAGUUGAAUACUUCUGUUUCGUUGAUAGAGGUUCCUAUUGUUGAUAUUGGUCUUCUCAAAUCUCCAUUAACCAGAACAGAGGAGCUUCACAAACUCAGAUCAGCUCUUACCUCUUGGGGUUGCUUUCAGAUAAUAAAUCAUGGAAUGACAAGUUUAUUCUUGGAAGAAAUGCGUCAAGUUGCCAAGCAGUUUUUCUCACUACCAAUGGAAGAGAAGCAGAAAUACUCCCGAAAAACUGGCAGCAUGGAAGGGUAUGGAAAUGAUAUGAUUCUUUUAGAACAUCAAAUACUUGAUUGGACAGAUCGUUUAUAUCUUACACUAAACCCAGAAGACCAGCGACAGCUCAGAUUUUGGCCUGAAAAUCCUCAAACUUUUAGGGAAAUGCUUGAUGAAUUUGCCAAGAAAUCACAGCAGAUAAAUGAAAUUCUGCUUAAAGAAAUGGCAGGGUCAUUAGGGUUGGAUGAGAAUUGCUUUUUGGAUCAAUACGGAGAACGACCACUCGUCACUGCAAGAUUUAAUUACUAUCCUCCAUGUGCCUUUUUGGAUCAUACGGAGAACGACCACUCGUCCAACUGCAAGAUUUAA